GCGCCCCUGGUGAGGAAUUGUGGUAAACCAUAGCUGUCAGGGCGAAUUGCACAAUUCCGCAGAAAAUCCAGCUGCAUUAUGUUUGCGGCUGUUCCUGUCGCCGCCUCGCCUGGGAGUCCUGCACAGAGUGAGACUCCCAAAGUGGACAAACUCUCCUCGCCACUGAUCUGCAAACCAUCUGAACUGCCACUCUACGAGUCCCUUCAUGACCAAGUCAAAAAGGAGCCUUGCAAGCAUCCGGAAGGUUCUUCCACUUCUUACAAGUCCGAUAUUGAGUCUGUGAUCCGGGCAGUGCGCGUGGAGGCUUGUCAGGCUGUCCGUGUGGUGAGUGACAACAAGAAGCAGUUCGCCGAUGCUUAUGAGCACGCCAAGGAUCAGACAAUCUUCAUCCGGAACUACUUGAACGAGGAGCAGAACACCAUCCCAAGGAUUGGAGCUGUGGCCAUUGGUGGACUGACUGGAUUCAUCUUUGGUCUGCGCGGAGGCAUCUUCCGGCGUCUGUUCUAUGGCUCGAUCGGCGCUGGAGCCAUUGCCGCCGUCUGCUAUCCCAAGGAGGCUGAGAAGGUGACCCAGGAAGCCCUGACGGAGGCGAAGAAGUACUCUACCAUUGCUGUGAACUUCAUCUAUGGCGUGAAACCGGGAGAUGAGCAGAUAAGUCUGCCCAAGAUCCCCACGAGUGUGGAUGAGGUGAAAGAGAGCCUGUCAGGUCUGGCCAGUUCAGCGUGGAAGGCAGUUUUCCCCGAGAAGUGAGCCUUCGGAAGAGAUGAAAUUGUAAAUUUGUAGUCAAUGAAGCGCCGUGUAUGC